CGGAGACUGCGGGGAAGACGACGACGGCGGGGCGGCGCUGCGCGCAGAGGGGAGGGGCAGGCGGGCGGCGCCGGCGGCUCCAACUGCGGCAGCUACGGCAGCGACGGGUAGGGCGGCGGAAGCAGCAGCCCCGUCAGGCGGCGGUCGAGUUAGGCCUCAGCAGCGCCUCAAGCCGCCCGCUCUGUCUUCCGCGGGGGAAUCUCCGGGGACCGCGACACACACAGGGGCGCGGGUCGGCGAGAGGUAACCGGACGGGAGCCAGCGCCUCGGCCUCGGCCGCCACCACCCCUUCCGUGCUGCCAGCGCGCGCUCUCUCGCCAUUCCUCGCAGCCUCGCGGUCCCCCGCGUGCCUGUGCCCCAGUGUGUGCGCCGCGAGGCCGGCCUCGGGCUGGGGCCGGGCGGCGGGGGCACCAGGGCGGCCGCCUCUGCCUCUCCCGCCCCCUUACCCGCCCGGGAGUGGGAAGCAGCGGAGGCUCCGCCAUGGCCUCGGGAGCCGGAGGAGUAGGAGGGGGCGGCGGCGGCGGCGGCAAGAUCCGGGCGCGGCGUUGCCACCAGGGGCCAGUGAAGCCUUACCAGCAGGGGCGGCAGCAGCACCAGGGCAUUCUUAGCAGAGUUACAGAAUCUGUUAAGAACAUUGUGCCAGGAUGGCUACAGAGAUACUUCAACAAGAAUGAAGAUGUAUGCAGCUGCUCAACAGACACAGCAGAGAUACCGCAAUGGCCAGAAAAUAGAGAAAAUGAUCAUCUGAUAUAUGCCAAUGAGGAGAGCUCUAAUAUUCAUGAUGGGAGAAUCACUCCUGAGCCAACAGUCAGUAAUACAGAAGAACCGUCAACAACUAGUACUGCUUCAAAUUAUCCAGACGUACUAACAAGGCCUUCUCUCCAUCGGAGCCAUAUGACUUUCUCUGUGUUGGAAUCUCCUGCAUUACGCUGUCAGCCCUCCACAUCCUCGACAUUCCCAAUUGGCAGUUCUGGAUUUUCCCUUGUAAAGGAAAUUAAAGAUUCUACCUCUCAGCAUGAUGAUGAUAACAUCUCAACUACCAGUGGUUUCUCUUCAAGAGCUUCUGAUAAAGAUAUAGCUGUUUCAAAGAACACUUCAGUGCCACCCCUGUGGUACCCAGAGGCUGAACGUUCUCAUUCACUCUCACAGCACACUGCCACCAGCUUAAAAAAACCAGCAUUCAGCUUGUCUGCCUUUGGAACACCUUCCCCUUCACUUGGGAACCCUUCAAUCCUUAAAACAAGUCAGCUUGGAGAUUCUCCUUUUUAUCCUGGAAAAACAACAUACGGUGGGGCAGCAGCUGCCGUAAGACAGUCUCAACCACGAAACACGCCGUAUCAGGCACCAGUUAGAAGACAGAUGAAAGCUAAGCAACUCAGUGCACAAUCCUAUGGUGUGACUAGUUCAACAGCUCGGCGAAUAUUGCAGUCUUUAGAGAAGAUGUCAAGCCCUCUAGAGGAUGCAAAAAGAAUCCCAUCUAUUGUUUCUUCUCCCCUGUUUUCUCCUUUUGAUAGUAGUGGGCUAGGUAUCACCAUGGAUUUUCAAGCCAAAAGGGAAAAGGUGGACUCUCAGUAUCCCCCUGUUCAGAGACUCAUGACCCCAAAGCCAGUUUCCAUAGCAACAAAUCGGACUGUUUAUUUUAAACCAUCUCUAACUCCAUCUGGUGAAUUAAGGAAGACUAAUCAGAGAAUAGAUAAAAAGCACAGUGCUGGAUAUGAAAAAAAUAUGACACCAGUACGAAAUAUAGAACAAGAAAGUGGCUUUUCUUACCCAAAUUUCAGUAUGUCUGCAGCCAAUGGUUUAUCUUCUGGAGUAGGUAGUGGAGGCGGCAAGAUGAGACGAGAGAGAACACGCUUUGUUGCAUCUAAACCUCCACAAGAGGAGGAAAUGGAAGUACCAGUAUUACCGAAAAUCUCUCUACCCAUCACCAGUGCUUCACUGCCUACCUUCAGUUUUAGUUCCUCUGUGGUUACAACUUCCUCUCCAUCACCCAUUAGUCCUUUGCCAUCAACAACAACAAACAAGGUACAAACAGCCUCUCCAAACAGUACUGGCAGUCCCAUGUUUAGAUUUUCAUCUCCAAUUGUAAAAUCUACUGAGGCAGAUGUACUACCUCCAUCAUCUAUUGGAUUUACAUUUAGUGUGCCUGUUGCAAAAACAACAGAACUUCCUGACUCUAGUAGUAUUUCAGAACCAAUUACAAGUAGUUCAGCUCAAGAUAACACUGUGGUGAACAGUACAAGUUGUAGGAAGACACCAGAUGAAGAUGGUGAGAGCCUUUGUAGACCUGCAGAAAUCCUGAAAGAAGGAAGUGUCCUAGAUGUUCUAAAAAACCCUGGCUUCGCAUCACCAAAGGCAGAGUCUCUUGCUGCUCAGCCCGCCACCACAAGCCCAGUGGUUUAUACAAGGCCAGCAAUAAGUAGCUUUUCUUCCAGUGGAACCGGGUUUGGGGAAAGUUUCAGAGCUGAAUCGUGGCAGUGUGAUACCUGUCUACUCCAGAACAAAGUUACAGACAGCAAGUGCGCAGCCUGCCAGGCGACAAAAUUGCCUCCAAAAGAUACCGUUAAACAGACUGGAAUUGGGACACCAAGUAAAAGUGGCAAAUCAGCUCUUUCUGCAUCAGGGACAGGCUUUGGAGACAAAUUUAAACCAGCAGUAGGAACUUGGGACUGUGAUACCUGUUUAGUGCAAAACAAAUCUGAAGCAAUAAAGUGUGUGGCUUGUGAAACACCAAAGCCUGGAACUGGUGUUCAGCGCGUUCUUACACUGACAGCGGCUUCAGAAAGUGCUGUGACCGUGGCUGCUUCCACCUCCAGCUGCGCAGUGACCACGGGCACCUUAGGAUUUGCAGAUAAAUUCAAACAGCCUGUGGGAUCUUGGGAGUGUCCAGUAUGCUGUGUUUUUAAUAAUGCAGACGACAGUAAAUGUGUGUCCUGUAUGUCUGAGAAACCAGGAAGUCCAAUUCCUGCUUCAGUCAGCAGCACGGUCCCUGUCUCUCUGUCUCCCAGAGGCUGCCUGGGACUAGAAAAGGCCAAGGAGCCCGAGGGGAGCUGCGAGGUGGGCCUAGUGCAGAAUAAAGUGGAUUCUACCAAAUGCGUAGCAAGUGAAGCUGCAAAGCCAGGCACAGGACCUGAGUUUAAAGGCUUUGGCACAUCUUCCUCAUCUUCGAAUGCAGCAGCCUCACCCUUCAAAUUUGGUAUCCCAUCCUCCUCCUCUGGGCCUUCUCAGACUUUAACAAACACUGGAAAUUUUAAAUUUGGAGACCAGGGAGGCUUCAAAAUAGGUGUGUCAUCAAAUUCUGGGUCCAUAAACCCCAUGAGUGAAGGCUUUAAAUUUUCUAAACCAAUAGGAGAUUUUAAAUUUGGAGUUUCAUCUGAUUCUAAUCCUGAAGAAGUUAAAAAAGACAGUAACAAUGAUAAUAAUUUUAAGUUUGGACUUUCUUCUGGUUUAAGCAAUCCACCUUCUUUAGCUCCAUUUCAGUUUGGGGUGUCUAAUCUUGGGCAGCAAGAAAAGAAAGAAGAACUGCCUAAAUCUUCAUCCACAGGCGUUAGCUUUGGUACAGGUGUUCUUAACCCUGCCCCUAACAGCACAGUGACCUCUGAGGACAAGAGCAGCCUCAGCUUUGGGAGCAUCGAAACAAAGAGUGUCUCAGUGGCUCCCUUUCCAUGUAAGACGGCAGAAGCAAAGAAAGAAGAAAUGCCUGCUGCCAAAGGAGGGUUCAGUUUUGGCAAUAUGGAACCUGCCCCUCUGCCAUCCGCCUCGUUGUUUGUUUUGGGAAGGACAGAAGAGAAACAGCAAGAGCCUUCCGCUUCUGCUGCUCUUGUGUUUGGGAAGCAAGCCGACAACGAAGAGCCGAAGUGUCCGCCAGUGUUUCCCUUUGGGAGUUCAGAGCAAACCAGAGAAGGGAGUUCUCCAAAGUCGACCUUUAGUUUCAGCGUGGCAAAACCAGCAGAAAAGGCAUGUGAACAGCCAGCAAAGGCCACUUUUGCUUUUGGAGCUCAAACCAGUACUACAGUCGGUUCAGUUUUCCAGUUUGGCAGCAGUGCUACAAAUUUCAACUUCACGAACAACAGUCCCUCAGGAGUGUUCACAUUCGGUGCAAACCCUGGCACUGCUGCCUCCUCGGCCCAGCCUUCUGGCUCAGGGGGCUUUCCAUUCAGCCAGGCGCCUGCAGCCUUUGUGGCGGGGUCAAAUGGGAAAAAUAUGUUUUCUGCUUCUUCUGGAACUUCAGUUUCUGGUCGCAAGAUAAAGACUGCUGUUAGACGCAGGAAAUAAAGGUCACAGCGAUGUCACACACAGCAGUGUCUCCCAUAGCAGGUGCCCUGGUUCAGAUGUGCUGGGGUCACCUGCAGUCAGCUCGGCCUAAGAAUGUCUUUUGUGUGGGAUUUUCCUUUUUCUUCCCCUACAGAGGCCCUACCCUCAUCUCUCCCUUUCACUUUUUAAAAAAUAAUAGCUAGACUUGUGACUGGUUCUUCAGCAACAAUAUUUUAUGAUCCAGCAAAUUAUUCACUGAUUUGACAUUGGCUGGCUGACCCCAGGAAUAGAGCUUCCUCGGCAAGUGACUUGUAUAGAACCUCUUGCACCACUGUGUGCGUUGAAUGUGCGUUUAUGGAACGCGUUGAAAUUGUAAUUAUAUCUGAGGAGUUCUGUAUAGAUUAGAGGAUGUUGAAAUGAAUGAUUUCGAUGCUGGGUCCAUGCUGGUGUAUGCGUGCAGUGAGUGAGUUGGUCGUGCUGUGCUCUAAGAUGCUCUGCUAGAGGAAGCCUGAUGAAAGGGUGGUCAUGCUGAGGACUUGGUAGACCUAGUUUUCCAUUUAAUGAUUAAAUGCUAUUUCUGUAUUUUCACUCUGUCACCUGUCUUGCCUUUUCAUUAUUUUAUUGUGAGACUUGUGUAAAUACAAUUUUGUUUCUGUACUUUUUUUGGCAUAACAUAAAUCUGUGAACUUGAAAUUUUAAUUUUGUGUUAGAAAUUUUUGUUGUUGUUUAGUCUUGUCUCAGAUUUUAUUAUGUAAAUCCCAUUAUUCAAAGUUGCCUAAAUCCAUUUGGAAAUCUUUAAAAAAAGAAAUUGGGGAUUCUUAAAGUGAAUUUAUUGGCUUUUCUGAUCCAGUUUUGUUUGGACCAAAAACCAGUAUUGUACAAAGUAUUAAACAUAUAUUUUUAUAUUUACUGAAAUGGACUGUGGUGACUUUGGAUAAUAAGGAAAUGUUUAAUAUUAAAGCCAUGUUUAUUACAGUAUAAUUAACAUGUUAAAACAUGGGAUAAAUGCCAUCAAUAAAAAAUUAUGAAAUACUUUUUGUUCUAGUGUUAACUCAUAAUGAAGGUACGAGUGUUAGUGGAAGAGAACCUUUUUGUAAAGGUUAAUUAACAAUUGUCAGAGAAAUUCCAAAGAGUACAUUAAGUGAUUUGGACAACUCCUAAGUGGAAGGGGAAGGUGUCCAGAUUUGUCUGAAUAUAGAAGGUACUUGUCGGGCUAGGAAUCAUGCCUACUUUGAAUAUAAACUGACCUUCCUUUUUAAAGUUGAAAAUGAACACACACAACUGUUUGUAUUUGUAUCUUCCUUGAUAGGUGUCUAGCCCGUUUCUUGAUCAAGUUCUUAGUUCAUGCCCAAAGCAGCCCACAAAGUGUUCUGUGUAGUUUCUCUUGGAUUAUUUUACUGAAUUUUUUGAACUAUGUUUCUUUUCUGUAGUCCAUAAAAGCUCUGAGACAGCAUUUGCUAAUUUUAUUCUUCAUUUUGAAACCACAGUUAACUUUGGGCUUGUAUUUUGCUGAACUUAUGGUUGGAGUCUAAAUUCAAAACUUGAAAAUGUUUGAGCUUUUUGUUUUUCCAGUGAAAAAGUAUUUGCCUUACUGAAUUAUCACAGGCUAUCAAAGUGCUGGUUUGGGGGUAGAAAUUCUGUAUUUGGAGCAGAUGAUGAUGAAUGCUGGAAGAGGUAAACUGGAAUUCUGUGAUUUUAAUGCCAAGAAGUUGGGUGCCCAGCCUAAGCAGCAGGUUCAUUUUUUCACCCAUUUGCCGGGCCCCUGUGAAUAGAAAUAUUUGGCUUUCUUCUCUGGGAAAGAUUUUUUUGUAAGAAAUGUGCCAAAAAUAAUGUUUCCUUCUAUUUUAUAUGUUGUUUUUAAACAAGUGACUGAAAACUGUACUUAGGAUGGCUUAUCUUAAUCAAAUCUUGUGGCCUCUAGAACUGAAGUGGGUACUUGGGACGCGUGUUUUCCGCCUUUACUGCUGUGACGCCCGGGCCCCACGCAGCAGCCCUGGACUGCAUUCACAGUGGCAGCUACGGCCUGCAACCGCCCGACUGUGGGCUGAGGGUACAUCAGGUUGGCUCAGGUUACAGGAGGGCCUCUGACUCCCCGGUACAAGCCUAGGGCAGGCGUUUCACGGGCACUUCGCGAAUGAGUGAAGGUGGAGGGAUUGCUCACGGCCUAAGGGGAGGCAUCACGGGAAGUACCUCUCCAGCAGACCCUUCUGGUGCACCGGGUCCGGGCGGGCCACUUCCAAGUGCUGGGUGGUUUUGAGUAAUUAAUGAUCUCAGGCAUAAAGUGCGACUCAGACAAUUGAAAAAAUGUUUUUAAGCCUAGCUGCUUGUUACAAAUUCUCUCCUGAAAUUGUUCACGUAAUAAGGACUUAUUUGAAAUAAAAGCAUUGGACUAAUUUUAACAA